AUGGCCAGGAUCAAGGCAAAGCAUUUCAGAGGAACAUAUCCUGGGUCUUGGGCGGAUAAUGAUGAAGACGACGUGGCCAGUGGCCCACAACGCGGCAACCGGAACUCAGUUCCCGCCCCUCGUGAGGCGACAGUGGAGAGGACAGCUCCAAACCUUGUGCUCGGGAACAGCCCUAUUGGCCCUGAGCGGUCAGACAAUUCUCGCACAAGUUACGAAUUCCCUGUUGAAGAUCAGGAGACUGUCCGUCAGGAGCUGGACAGCACCGAAGCAAGCAACUGGGCACCGAGUCAGCAUUUAUGCGACAAACAAGCAACUCAGAACACCUCACCUGCUGGAACCACCGAGAACGAAAACACAGAAGGCAUUGGUACCCUCCCAGACAGCACGAUGGGCAGAAAGGGUGAGACCAAAAGCCCAUCCGAUCAGCGCUUGGGUUGGGACAUGCAUCCAUUCACGAAGUCAAAGAAGGCACCCAACCUGGAUCGAAAUUUUCAGGAUGACAGCGACACCCUACGAGAGGCCAUCCCAGAGGAGAGUAAAGACGGGCUUGGAAAUGACCCUGUCCAGACGACUACUAGUAUCAACAAUCGGUUGCGCCGAAGAGAACAGAAAAAGGAGGCCAAGGACUCAAGAAACAAGGACAAAGGGAAGGGGGGAGUGGCCCGAAGAGGCAAGAAGGGAGCCGUGCUCCUUCCGGAGAAGCCGCCAAUCGACUCACCGGAGCUAAGGGCCGCGGAAGCUGUGAUAUCUCAGUUGCGGGAAGAAAUUCGACAACUGAAAUCAAGGCCCAAUGCGGCGGAAACCGAGGACAACACCCCCGACCGUCUGGGCACAGUUCUGGAAACCCAAUCGGACAUUGCGACAGAAGACGACGGUCAGAGGGAGGAAGAAGUUUUGAGGCUCAAGGAGAGGCUCGAUAUGAAGAAUGAAGAGUUGGAGAAGACCAAGGACACGGUGGCUAAGCUGGAGAAGGACAACAAUGGUCUUAGGUCAGAGCUCUGCGACUUGAAGAAACAGGAAACCGACGCCAAUUCCCGACAGCAUGAGCACCUCAGGACAGCCCUGGCAACUACAAAAAGAGAGGAGGAACGUCUCCGAGAGGAUCUUCGCGAGAGGGAUGCGGGCAUCGAAAGUCUCAACGCAAAACUCUCUCGUGACAGACGGAGUGCCGAGCUUGUCGAAAUCAAGAACCAGGAGUUGAAGGAGAGAGUCUCCGAGUGCGAAGCUGAGGUGGGACCACUUCUCAAACGCGUUUCAGACCUCGAUGGAAAGUUGCGAGACGCGAAGAAAGAAAGUCGCGGUCGUGAAGAGGAGCUAGCCCAGCUAAAGUCGGCCGCGGAGGUUGUGUCUGCCGAGCUGGAGCAGAAGCUCGCUGACGCGAAAAGAGAAGCUCACACUCAGCGCGAGAGAGCGGAUGAUCUUGCGAUUCGACUUGAAUCGGCGGAAUAUUCGGACCAAGAGAACUGCCAUCGUGCCGACAUGGAAUCCCAGAAAGCAAAAGCCCAGGAAGUUGAAGUCCAAAAGCUCACAUCGCAAUUCACAAACCUCCGGUCAGAAGCCGAAAGAUCCACGUCGAAGCUCCAAGGCGCCCUCCGAGACCUGGAACUAAAAGCAACGGAGGCAGAGAAUUACCGGCAAAAGGCAUCCGAGUUGACAUCCAGGGUUGAAUCACUGGAGAAGGAGGCCCAAAACAGCGUUCGGAAACAUACCGAACUUGGACAACACUACCGGGAAGUGCGGCAACAACUCCAAGAGUCCCGGCAACAUAAAUCUUCCCUGGAUGUCGAAAGUAAGCAGCUGCGGUUCAAGCUCGACGAGUCCCGUCGAAGCAUCGAGGUCCUCACGAAAGAAAACACCGAGUUGCAGAUGGAGCUCACUCAAGUUCAAGAAGAGAAGUCGAAGUCUACAAGACGCGCGGGACGUGCGGAACAGCAGUUCCAGGAGUCCGAACAGCGGCGAUCCUCUUUGGAGGCCGAAACCAAGCAGCUGCAGCUCCAGCUUGACGGGUCCCGCCGUGACAUGGAUGAACUCGCAAAGCAAAAAGCCCAGUUACAAACCAAGCUGGUUGAGACCCAAGCCCAGGCGACCACGUCGGCAGAGCUCGCAGAGCUGCACCUUGAAGAGUCUCGACAGCAAGGGGCAAAGUUCCAGGCUCAGUGCGAGACUUUGCGAGAACAGUUGCUGGACGAUCAGCAUCGAAUGUCCACCAACACAGCCGAGAUGGACCGAUUGACGAGGCAACUCAGUGGCUCCCGGCAGGAAGUCUCCGCCCUCAAACAAGCAUCGGACCGACUACAGGCGUCCAGCGAGACAACUCGUCGGGUACUGACCACACAGCUUCAAGAGGCCAUAACCAACGCCAAGAAACACAAAGAGGACGCGGCACGCGCCGAGGCCAAAGCGGAUGCAUUCAAGUUGGAAGCCGAGGCGGACCGCAAACGCUCGCAGGGCUCUGCCGAGCAGGUGAAACAGCUGGAGGAGGUGCUGCAUUGCGUGCAGAGCAGGUUGCAAAGGGAGAAGGGCGAGAAUCUACAAAAUCAAGUGUCUGCCGAGGGCUACAAAGCCAAGACGGACAAGCUGUCCUCGGAGGUUGUCGACCUCCACAACGACCUGGAGCGCACCAAGGCCGGUUUGGAGAGCCUGAGGGAGAGCUACAACGUCCUUCGUGCGGGAGGCGACGUGACGAGGAAGCUCGAGUCGCAACUCCAAGACAGCCAGAAUGAAGUCGCGGAGCUAAAGAAGAGGCUGGAGAAGCAGGAAAAGUUCAUCGCACACGCGCAGGACGCGGCUCGGCAGAAGAUGAAGGACGAUAGGAAGGAGAAAAGCCAGUCUGUGGACGAUGAGGAGUUGGAGGGCAGGUUGCAGGUGGAUAUCGAGGCCAGAGCCCGGCAGUGGGCAUACGCGUACGGCGUCCGAAAGGUAAAGGGCGACCUUCCCGAAACAGCAUACCAAGCUCUGAAGGAGGAGUUUGGGAACGUCACCGGCGGAGGAGACAUGGCGUCCUUGUGUAAGCGUUAUGAUGCCGACAUUGUUCUUCAUGGCUUGCUGGUGUGUUUUGUCACGGAACAUAUCCUGAGCAAGCCUUUCUUGUUGUUCGAGCUGGAAGCGGGACAAGCCUUCGCCGAGAGAAUGGCCAAGUGGUACGAAGGGAGAUUGGAAAUUGAUAAACCAAGCGCGUACAAGUGGAGAUAUCAAGAACUCCAAUGGUUGGGCGGAUCCAUGCUGCCGACUCAGUCAAAGUCCUGGCCGGGCGAUGUACCGGCCCUGUUGGCCGAGGACGGGGAUUUCUUUGACGACCUCGCCAAGCGAUUCAUCAACAGCCCGGCCAAGUUUCUGCUGAAAUAUGAAGCCGCCCAAGCACCUUCCAGCCUUCGGCCCCUGAAAACCUUCUUCACGAAGGCCGCCCAAGUUGGGCUUAUGAUGUGGACGCAGCCCUUCGAGGUUGAGAUCAGAGGUUUUAACCAUUUACGCGGCUUGCGCUUCACGACGGACUCGGCAGACGCCGAAGCCAAGACUCAUUCGUCUCAGCUCAACCCUCGCCGGCGACCAAGUAGCGAUGCUGUUGUGGACUUCGUGGUGCAGCCGAGCAUUGUUGCGCGGCCAGAACAGGGUAUGGAAAAGGUAUGGGGCCAGGCAGUUGUUCUGUGGAAUUAA